GGUGUUACUGAGGUUUUGCGUCUGGGCUGGACAGACUGUUCCAACAAGCGGGGCUGCGGCGUCACAUGACGGGACAGCUUAGAAAAAAGAAACUGCCCGCUAAUUUUCAAAAAGAGGAAAUCAUUCAGCGAUGGUGGCUUGAACGAGGACGAGAUCGCAAAGGCCAACGCUGGGGAGGAUUUAUUUAUACUCGGAGGCCAUACAGGUUUCUCCUGAUGGAUGUGAAGUGCGUGACGCUGAGGGACCUCAAGAGCCCGCGGAGGAGCUGCAGCGGGGGGCCUCCGAAGGAUGCGGGCCACACCGAGCAGAAGGAGAACGUGUGCGUGGACAGGAGAAAGUCUAUCCCACUGAAAUCUGCGGAGUCCAGCAUGCUGCUGAAGAGCAGGAGGACUCUGACCCUCGACCUCACCCCCAUCAAACACUCAGCUCCGGCAGAGCCCUGGACACCCACAGCCAACCUGAAGGUGCUGAUCCGCGCCGCCAGCUCGGACAUCCGGGACAGAGAGAUGAAGAAGGUGCUGUUUCGACCCCUGGAGAACGAUAAGGAAAACCCCGGGAGCCCAGACGGGUCAGUGGAGGACCCAGAGCUGGAAGACCUGUGUCAGUUUGCAGCUAUGAAUGAAAAGGAGGAUGAAGACAAGAAGCCGAGCAGGAAGCAGAAGAGUCUGGGUCUGCUGUGCCAGAAGUUCUUGGCCCGUUACCCUGAUUACCCACCAUCCCAGCCCCUCAUCUGGAUCUCCCUGGACGAGGUGGCCACCAGCCUGGGGGUGGAGCGGCGGCGAAUCUACGACAUUGUGAAUGUCCUCGAGUCCCUGAGCAUUGUGGGCCGGAUAGCCAAGAACAGCUAUCACUGGUACGGCCGCCAGCAGCUGCAGGCCACGCUGCAGGAGCUGCAGCAGAGGGGGCGGGAGCAGGGCUACCACCUGCAGAUGGAUCAGGCCGCGGACACUGGGAGGAUUGACUCGAGUCGAGAAGAAGAAGCAGCAGAGGCUGAGACUGGAAACGCUGGUGGAAACAGGAAGGACAAAUCUCUGCGCAUCAUGAGCCAGAAGUUUGUCAUGCUCUUCCUGGUGUCCAAAACUCAGACGGUGACUCUGGACGCCGCAGCGCAGAUCCUCAUCGAGGAGAGUCGAGACUCGUCGAGCCACAGCAAGUACAAAACGAAGGUGCGGCGCCUCUAUGACAUCGCCAACGUGCUGACCAGCCUGAACCUCAUAAAGAAGGUUCACGUCAGAGAGGAGAGAGGCAGGAAGCCGGCCUUCAGGUGGCUGGGCCCUGUGGAGUUCAGCGGCAUUGGAAACGCCCAGGCUCCAGCCAAGCACCCCCAGCCCGCCAGCCAACAGGAUGCCAGGAAGCUGAAGCUGUGCCGCCACUCCUCCUUCAACACAGCGCCUUCUGCUGCCGCCGUGGAGCGGCAGGUCAGCUCGGCGCCCUGCAGCCCUCGCUGUGCCCCCCGCAGUCCAAACCAGCCUGUAGAUUAUUCCAGGAAGGCUCCUGCAGAGCUCCACGCAUCCCACCUGUCGCCCCCCUCCUCCACCCACCAGGCCGUUCUAGCAGCCCACCCCUACCCUGAACCCCUGCUCCUGUCCUCUCCUCACUGCUUGGCCUACCUGCCCAGCCUGUCUCGCCCCUCGCUGCUCACUCUAUUCAGGGGACCGAAGACGCUCCAGCAGACCCCUGAGGGUCAGGGAUUAUCCAGCCCGGAGGCUGGGAAGAAGAGGAGGAAGGAGAGUGAGGAAGAGGAGGAGAUGGGGGGAAAACGGACAGGAAAAUCAGGGUCCAAUGAUGUUGCAGAGUUGGGAGCUGCAGCAGAGAGCGCACAGCUGCACAGCAGCAGGACUUCAGCAGCCGUCUGCGCAGACAGCAGCGCUGAGCAGCCCUCACACUACCUGUACCUUCCCAACACUGCAGGUUUAAACAGCCUCAACUUCCUCAUCCCCGCCGGCCAGCCGCCAGCCAGCGUGGCAAUUGCACCAGGCAGCAUCCCUGCUAUGGCGCUGCCGUACGUCUUCCUUCCAUCUGCAGCCAUCCCCCACUACCCCCUGGUGGCCGGCAGCAUGCAGCACCUCACCUCCGAUAGCCCCACCCCUCUGGGCUUCGGCCUGCCCGCCAUGGUGCCCCCAGGCCACUUUAUGGUGGGGGCGACGCCUUUCAGGGCUGCAGUGUCAUCGGACGUCAGCAGGACAGCCCUGCCCUCCCCAGGUUCCACUCCCACUCAGAGCAGGUUCUCACCCUCACAGGCCAGUAUCAACAGCCCAGAACCUCAGACCCCUCACAGUCCAAAGGAAACCCCUUGCUCUUCUUCCAAAGCCUUCUUCAGAACACCAGGAACUCUGGGAAACAUGGUCAGUUCCAGGCCAGCGGGCCGAAAAAGAGGCUCUGCUCAGAGGAGGCUGGACGUGGGCCACCCAGCAGCUAUGUGAGGAGAACAUGUGAACAUGCGUGUUGCUUGGUUCCGUUUGACGGGUCUGGAAGCAGACAUGUUGAGAAGUGUCUGCAGAUGCUUCCAGCUCAUGUUCCCCUUAGCAGGUUAGACUGUAGCAGCUUAGAUUACAGCGAAGAAAGAAGCGAAACAGCACCCUGUGGUAAGAGUCUGUCGCUGUACCCUGUUUUCUUUUUAAUUCAAGCCCCUUUCAAAUUUGAUCACGCCUCCAUUCUCACCUCGUAUGUAUUAUAGCCCACUUUUUAUUUAUACUUUAGAUAAUAUAUGAUGAUUACAGGGACUGUAAAGGAACUUUUCUGAGCACUAAGAUGAGUGAACCACUCCAGGAGGGAUCAAAAAUGAAGGUGGAAGAGGAAGUGUAUGACCACAGUGGUGGGACCCCCCCUCCCCCUGUCUCAUUUCUGUGGAGGGGGGGGGGUCACUAAGCCUUAAUGUUUACAGACAGUCAGCUUUCUGAACUGUUUUUUCUCUGCAGCAAUGUUAUUUUAUGUCUUUAGGCUGAGAGUUUGCAACCCAGGCAUUUUUUACUGAAGACAAGAACACAGUGUGACAGUGCUGGCAGGUACUUGAAUACUUUAUUUAUCAGAGUACUGUAUGAAUGAGUUUUUAAAGAAGAGUUUACAAACCCAGCAGCCCUGCUCUGGGUUCAUUUAAAAACAGUUUUUUAAUGCAAAUGCAUCCACCAUCGUUCAGCCCAGGUGUGCCGCACUCAGAAUACAUUUCAUGACAAAGGUCGCAACUUUCACACAGUUCUCACGUCAGUAUUCUUCUUCUACCAGGUGUCAUUAGAACUUCAGUGGCUGCCUCUGUAAAAUCCUGGUUCUGUUGGAGCUCUGAUCUCUGUAGUUCACAGACAGACUGGUUCUUAAUCAUUUAUUCCAUUUCAAUAAAAACAUCACGUCCUUA